CGUUGAAGUCAUGAAUCACAUUUACUGUUCCUGAACAUGAACGUUGUUCAUUGGUCAACCUUGUCUACCAAAUCGGUAUAAAUACAUCUUUUGCAAUGUCCACAUCAGCAGGAUCGAUCGGCUCACAUUUCCACCAACUAGUAAUCCUACUUGACGAUUGAACAAAACUAUAUCCCUACAUAGAUAUGAACAACGUUUUUGCCCUCGGAGUACUCGCCUGUCUGUGCUUGUCAGUUUAUGGGGAGGGAUAUGGUAAUGGCGGGAACAAAGUACUUCCAGCAAAACAGUUUUGGCACAAAGAACCCUCAUUACACCGACAUGGUGCCGUGGGACUCUACCCAAACAACAUCCAAUUAGCGGGGAACUUUUUCCAGUAUCAGGCUCACAAACCACAGUUCCUUGGUCCGAAAAAAACAAUUCACCAUAACUAUGGCGGAAAGGGGUUCAAUGGUUACGGAAAUCACGGCCCUAAGGUUGGAGGCGCUCCCCCAGUAAUGCCGAUGCCCUAUCACGGAUAUGGAGAAAGUGCCCUAGGAUUUUCCGGAGGAUUCGACCCCUAUUACGUUGACCCCAGACCUGGUGUACCAGAGACAUUGGACUAUCUAGUUGCCAGAGGAGGAGAGUUCGUUAAAAAGAAUUGGAAAUCCCUCGCAUUAGCCGGAGCAGGUCUUUAUCUCCUGAAGAAGAACUAACCUUUCACCACCAAGAAGAAAUCCUAUCUGUUCCGGACACCGGAUCAAGCUUUAUAGUUCAUCUAUUGUUAUUUAUUGUCCUGUUGGCCAUAAAGUGCUAUUUAUAAACGUUGAAGCAUU